AUGAGAUCUGCUUCUUCUAUUGCUAAGAAGGUACUUGGCUUACACGAUCCUCCUCGUCUACAUAAUAAAGAUACACUACCUCACGAGCUUGAUCCGACCGUUUUGGAAUGGUUAAGCGAUAUCCUGCCUUCUGGAUCGCAGGUUGGGCAAUAUUUCACGGGGCUAUUGCCUUUCACGCAAUGGAUUCGACACUAUAAUUUUCAAUGGUUUUUGGGAGAUUUAGUCGCAGGUAUAACUGUUGGGGCUGUUGUGGUCCCUCAAAGUAUGGGAUACGCCAAAUUGGCUAAUCUUCCUGUGCAAUAUGGGCUCUAUACUUCUUUUAUGGGAGUACUGAUCUACUGGGCCUUUGCAACGUCCAAGGACAUCACGAUAGGGCCCGUUGCUGUCUUGUCAACGCUUGUCGGAAGCAUCAUUAUGGACGUCCAAAGUGUUCGACCCGACAUUCCAGGACCUCAAAUUGCUCUAUCAAUUGCCAUGAUGUGCGGAAGUGUCGUCACAUUCAUGGGUCUGGCUCGGCUAGGCUUCAUUGUCGACUUUAUCCCUCUUCCUGCUAUUUCAGCCUUCAUGGCUGGCUCCUCCAUCACCAUAUGCUCUGGACAAGUCAAGCAGCUGCUGGGCGAGACAGCAAAUUUUAACAUCGGUGCUCCUGCAUAUCGAAUAAUCAUCGACACGCUCAAAUCUCUGCCCACAGCUCAAGGAUACGAUGCUGCAAUGGGUGUGACCGCGCUCGCAGCUCUAUACAUCCUCCGAUCAGCGUUUAACUAUGCCUCCCGCAAGAAUCCACGCUUUGCGAAGCUGUUCUUCUUUCUCGGUGCUUUGCGCACAGUGUUUGUGAUCAUUCUUUUUACUUUAAUCAGCUUCGCCGUCAACGCGCAUCGCCGUGAAAAUCCCGCCUUUGCUUUGGUCGGAACUGUGCCGCGGGGAUUCGGGCACACAGGUGUCCCUAUACUGAGCGCCGAUGUCAUCAAGCUCUUCAUCUCCAAAUUACCCGCUUGUGUGAUCGUGGUCCUCAUCGAGCAUAUUGCAGUUGCCAAAUCUUUCGGACGUGUUAAUAACUACACGAUCAACCCCUCUCAGGAGCUCAUCGCCCUCGGCAUCACCAACCUCUUGGGUCCGUUCGUUGGCGCUUAUGCAGGGACAGGCUCAUUCUCACGCUCGGCUAUCCAAUCCAAGUCAGGCGCACGCUCUCCAUUUGCUGGUAUCAUAACCGCCAGUGUCGUCCUGAUUGCCAUGUACGCUCUUACUGCUGGGCUAUACUAUAUUCCCAAAGCGACACUAUCAGGUGUGAUCAUCCACGCAGUCGGAGAUAUGAUCGUCCCGCCCAACACCAUCUACCAAUUCUGGCGCAUCUCCCCCUUAGACGCCAUCAUUUUCGCAGUCGGAUUGAUCGUAGCCUUAGUGAGCUCAAUUCCAAACAGCAUCUAUGCAACUGUCUGUCUCUCAGUGGCAAUCCUAUUAUUCCGCCACGCAAAGGCCCCAGGCCAUUUCCUCGGCCAAACCUGGAUAAGCGAUGGAACCACUCAACGUCCUCUCUUCUUACCUAUCAAGGACGCAGAAACAGACCCAUCUAUCAAAAUUGAGAGACCACGCCCGGGUGUUUUCGUCUACCGCUUUUCCGAAGGGUUCAACUACCCCAACGCAAGCCACUACUCAGAUGGCCUUGUCCAGACAAUAUCCAAGCACACGCGGCGCACGAAUGCCGAGGCAUACGCCAAAAAGGGUGAUCGUCCUUGGAACGAUGCGGGCUCUUCUAGCGUGGAUGACUCCCAUCUUCCGAUACUGCGAGCCAUCAUCCUUGAUUUCUCGGCUGUUAACAAUGUCGAUGUGACUUGUAUCCAGAACCUAAUUGAUGUGCGCACUCAGCUGGAUCGCCGAUUUGCACCUGCUGUUGUGCAGUGGCAUUUUGCAAAUAUCAAGAAUCGGUGGACGAGACGUGCUCUAAAUGCCGCGGGAUUCGGGUCCAUGCCCUUGCAUCAUGUGGAGAGUGGAAGCACUGAUAAUGCCCAGGAACCAGAUUUGCAAGGCUGCAAGCAACCUUCAGAUGAGGAAAAGGGUGGAGUGGAGAUACCCAGUGUCUCAGAGGCCAAGCAUUGGCCAUUGUUCCAUCCGGACCUAACAAGUGCGUUACAGACUGUGGAUGCAUAUUUAGGCGCGGAUCCUGCAAGUUGA